AUGUAUUGAAAACGCUUAUUGAACUCAUCUAUUUUUCUGCCAUUGAGUGGAAGACCAAGAAGAUUGCCUCCUGAAUGGUUGAAAUUUCUCUGGAAAGCAUUGAGUGACACCUUGCUGCUGCAGGAGCCAUGUCGCUGCCGUUCCGAAAGGAGUUAGAAAAAUAUAAGAAUAUCAAUGAAGAUGAAAUUCUCAGCAAACUAUCGGAGGAAGAGCUGAAACAAUUGGAACAUGUUCUUGAUGACCUUGACCCUGAGAAUGCACUUCUGCCAGCGGGCUUCCGACAAAAAGACCAGACCCGUAAAGCUGCCACGGGCCCUUUCGACAGAGAUCGACUCCUUUCAUACUUGGAGAAGCAAGCACUGGAACACAAAGACAGGGAAGACUUUGUGCCCUUUACAGGGGAGAAGAAAGGAAAAAUAUUUAUCCCUAAAGAAAAGCCCAUAGAAACCCACACUGAGGAGAAGGUAACCCUGGAGCCAGAAUUAGAAGAAGCCCUGGCUGGUGCCUCUGAUACUGAGCUCUAUGACCUUGCAGCUGUUCUUGGGGUGCACAACAUGGUCAACAAUCCACAGUUUGAUGAAGAAGGAACCAGCAGUAAAGAUGGAAAAGGAAGUGUGAGAAAUGUCGUCAAAGGUGAAAAGGUCAAGCCAAUUUUCGAGGAACCACCUAAUCCAACCAAUGUGGAAGCAAGUUUGCAAAGGAUGAAAGCAAACGAUCCUAGCCUCCUUGAAGUCAAUCUGAACAACAUAAAGAACAUCCCAAUUCCGACGCUGAAAGAAUUUGCUAAGGCUUUGGAAACCAACACCCACGUGAAGAAGUUCAGCCUCGCAGCUACUCGAAGCAAUGACCCUGUUGCUGUUGCUUUUGCAGAUAUGUUAAAAGUGAACAAGACACUGAAGAGCCUAAAUAUAGAAUCCAAUUUCAUCACUGGGGCCGGCAUUCUGGCACUGAUUGAUGCACUAAAAGAGAAUGAAACCCUGACGGAGAUCAAAAUUGACAACCAGAGGCAGCAGCUGGGGACAGCUGUAGAGAUGGAGAUUGCCCAGAUGCUUGAGGAGAACUCCAAAAUUCUCAAAUUCGGAUACCAGUUCACAAAGCAAGGUCCAAGAACCAGGGUAGCUGCAGCUAUCACUAAAAAUAACGAUCUAGUUCGUAAAAAGCGAGUGGAAGCAGACCGGCAGUAGCCAUGCCUUGGAGGAUGCGAAGAGGUAUUGAAGGCAGCCGACAUAUUGAAGGCAGCCGACACAACAGCAAUCUCACAACAUCCACUGGUCAGAAGGGAAGACACUGGAAAAUCAUUGUAAUGAAGGUUGCUCAUUUCCGUUAAUGUCCCCUUUAAUCAUUAAAAUUGUUUACUUUCAUAUUUAAUGUUUAUGAAAAUAUGAUUGUGUUAUUGGAAUAUAUGACGCUGAUAUCCACAACUUAGGGGUAAAAUAUGUCUUACUGAGCAUCAGCUGGAAUCACAUUGAAUCUUUUACAUUGAUAAAGGAUUCUUUAUAUAAAAUGGGCCUUUACCACCCUGUCCUGCAAUGCCUUAAGCAUGUGAAUAAUCCUCACUUGUGUAAUUCCAUUGAAGUCAAUGGGCUGCUCAGGUGAGUAGAGACUACUUAUGCCAAUACCGGUUUGCGGGAUCACACCCUUAGGCCCCAAUUCUGCAUUCAGAUCUGUGCCAGUUGGAACUCUGCACUUGUACAGAUCCCCGCUGACUGCAGCAGGGUUCUGCCUGUGUGAAUCCAGCUGUGGGAUGCAUUUGUAAGUAUUGUCAAAGCCUAUUGUUUACAUGUGUUUUAAGUUAGGUCGAUCACGUCAUCAAUAUUACACUGACAUGUAUUCUUAGUCCAUGAUGUAAAGUAAAAAUAUUAGUGUUGCCAAACCUAGAAUACCUUAACAAUGUCACUUUGUUGUUUUUCUAAUCCAUUGAGGAUUUUUAAAAAAAAAACAGAAUGCCAGGUUUACAGCUAUAAAUCUCAUUAAUCUCAGUAUACUGAGCAGAGCUCUUUUUGGUUUGAACCACACUGUUGACUGUUUUUUAAUUUAUGUGCAUUUAUUAGUAUAAAUGACAGAAUUGUUCUCAGGACCUGUUAGAUAAAGAGUGAGUAAAAUAUUUAAUCCAGGGCCGCAGCAGUUCUGCCUGGAGAUGGACGGAGAAGAGUAACAUGUACCAAUCACCUAGUUUACAUUUUUAGCAUCUGAAUCAACACUAAUUCUCUGUGAAGCAAAGUGCUUAAGCCUGAUUCCAAUGGGACUUUAGCAAUAGUACUUAAGCACUUUGCUGAAUAAGGGCGGACGUAAGCACGUGUUCCAAUGCUUUGCUGAAGCAGGGCGUUAACCCAGAAUUCUGUACAUUGUGCUGAACUCAUGGAAGAUACUUGUACAGCAGCAAUUAAACCCAACAUGCAACAGCAUUAGAACAAGUCAGUGGGGUAUUGUGAAAAGAUUGUGUGAAGCGUUUAGUUUGCAAUAUAAUUUCAUUGUAUUGUGUAUAGUUUUAUAGUAUCAGACAUUAAGUUCUAGCCAUAAUAUAUAUAUAUAUAUAUUGUCUUUGCCAACAUCUGAGUCUGUUAAAUAGCCAGGGGUUCACUUUGAUCAUAUUUAAAUGUAAUGCAAGAAUUAAGGAAGUAUGCUAUUAACGGGUUUAGCUAUACUAAUUCUUUCAGAAAGCUAAAGGUGUUUAACUGGGGCCAACAACCUGUGGUACCCUUGAAACAUUAGCCUCUCUGCCCUCUUUCCGGCCUACACCCGCCUCUCCCCCCAUCAUUUGUGCUGGCGAAAGAGUUCUUGCCAGGGGAAUAUGGAAAGGGAACGAAUGGUGCUCUGGCAUCUUUGAGCCUGCAGAAGACAUUGGGCUGGGAUCUGUAAAUCAGGAGGGGAUGGAGUCAGGGGAGCAGUCAGGGUGUGUGGGAUAUUCCCCCAUGAACCUGGCAGAUUCCUGAACAGAAAUCUGUCUGCGAGUCAGUGCUGCUUCAGACAGUAUAAAUUCACCCUCUGUGCCAUCUAUGCCUCUUGUAAAACGGGUGGGACCAAUGCUCCUGAGGGGUGCAGUGGGGGAGCACUGCUCCUGAGGGGUGCCGUGGGGGAGGGCUGGGUCUCUGCACUAUGGCCCUGGUUGUAUAAAGCACUUAAGCACAUGCUUAAGUCCUAGUGACUUCCAGAUAAGCAUAAGUGCUUUGCUAAAUCAGGGCCUAAGAGUGGUAUCUGCAGUACAACCAUCUUCCCUGAGCGGUUUAGGGUUCUGGGGGGCUUUCAAGGCCCCCUCCUUCCUCCAGUACAGGGUUAGAAACUCCUCCUCCUCCUCAAGGGAAGAAUGGGAAAGAAAUUCUAUGAGAGGACCCUGUGGAAUUACCAGAGAGUUUUCCCCAUCCCCAGGCAGAAUUUGCUGUAAGAAUGGACAUUGACCCACAUAGUCUUAAAAAAAAAAGGGAGACUGAAUUCCUUCACAUGGUCCAAUAUCGUGCAUACCAUUAUGCGAGCAGUCCUUAAAGCCAAUGGGGCUACUUGCAUGCGUCACAACUGCUCUCGCAUGAUUGUGGGUUUGCAACAUCAGGCCCCAGAUGGGGGGAAGAAAUUCGAUUCAAUUAUCCUUAUCCCCAAAGCCAAAGAUUUCUGAUAUGGACAAUCUUCAGCCUGAAAAGAAAUCUGUUCUGACUCUGACCUUUUCCCUAUUCCCUUCUUCAGGUUUGUUUUUGGUUUUUGGUUUUGUUUUUUUUUGGGUGGGGGGGAGGAAGGAUCAGGGGGUUCCCAAGUACAUCUGGCUGGUUUUUUUUACCUUUUAAUGAUUUUUUUUAAACCAGUGAUGUUUUUUAAUGGGAUCUAGUGCGUUCAGAACAAAAACAAGCGUGAUGUAUUUAUAGUCUGAUCCUCCACUCAAAGUGUAAAUGACACUGUAUUUGCAUGCAGCAGUUCUAGAAUGGGUGGAUUGGUAGGAUUGCUUUGUGAUGUAUGGCAGCAUGUCCCCCUGUGUCUAUUUGAGCAGAGCCAUUGUGAGGUGGCCACAUUCAUGUCAUCAACAGUUUGUAACAUUCCUCUUGGUAGGCUAAACAAGGAAACAGGCUUUGGGAGGUGCGGGUAGUCUCGCCUUCCUUCCAUCGUCCAUGACUGCCGGCACCGUGAACAUAUAGCUGUUUUCUAAGAGUAAGACUCUUCAGGCACUUGAGAGUUUCUCUUAUUAAGAGCCAGAUGGUGCGCAGGCUGGGGGUGGCCUCGGGACACACAACUCUGGGUGUGGGGUAGGAAAGGGAUUGGGGAGGCAUUGUGUAUACUAGAGCUUUCCGGUAUACACAAGGGGUGCAUCCAGUGCAUGACAUCCCUUCUCUGGCCUUCCAGCUGGCUUGGGGUCAUAGCUGAGCCUCCCUUCUGCCCCUUUUUAUCUCUUUUGGAGGGUUUGCUCCCCAGGGGGCACUUGUAGGGAACAGUCCUUGGCCUCAGGAAAGCACAGGGACUGCAGUGGCGACAAGUGACUGCCUAGGAGUUAUGGGGGGACCUCCCCUUCUUGCACAUCCACAUGAGGGUUGGCCAUGAUCUAGCUUUAAACAUUUUAUAGUGAACAUAGUGACAAACAAUGUAUGAAAAUAUAAGGGUGUAUUCACUAUAGUUAUAGCUAAUCUAGUGCAGUUAUCAGUGAUCUAAAUAUUAACCUUAUACAGAAGCAGUUGGUCAAUUAAAAUCCCUUCUACUAGUAUUAAGGGGAUUAAUAUUUGACUAGGUCAUUUUUAAGUACAAUUCCAAGCAGAUGUCAUGUUCCCAAUCAAUUAGCUCUGACACCAGGGUAUAAAUAGAGGCCUCCCUUUUUAAACAAAACGAACAACUGGGAGGAGCUGGGCUCAUUUGCCCAUUGCUUCUCGUGUUGAUAGUUUGGGUUUUGUUUGUAUUUUUUAUAACAUUUUUCAUGGAAAAACUCAACAUGUGCAUAUCCUAACAUUUGUGCGUGUUGUAGAGUGCACUAAGGAGCGUAAAGUGUCUGUGUUAAACACUAGAAGAAAAUGUUUGAUCUGGAAUAUAAAUGGUUGCAUGUGCACAGUGUGGUGCAUUUUACACAAGGGAAUGGGAAUCACCAGCAUAUGUAGCCGUGACUCCCAAACAUCUUGGCUUUUAUAAAUAAACCUUCAUAAGGAGA